UUUUGUGGAAAAGUUUGUCUCAUCAAUCACUAUAAAUGACCACGUGCCUUGUUAUUCCACAGCAUCUUCACAACUUCAGUUUGGUUUGGUGAUCCAUUGCAACAAUGGCAAACGAGGUUGUUCUGUUGAGCACAUGGCCUAGCAUGUUUGGGAUGAGAGUUAGAAUUGCAUUAGCUGAAAAGGGUGUUAAGUAUGAAUACAAGGAAGAGAAUCUGCAGAACAAGAGUCCUUUGCUUCUGCAGAUGAACCCUAUUCACAAGAAAAUUCCAGUUCUCAUCCAUAAUGGCAAACCCAUUUGUGAAUCUGCAAUUAUAGUGCAGUACAUUGAUGAGGUCUGGAAUCACAAGGCUCCAAUUAUGCCCUCUGAUCCUUACCAGAGAGCUCAAGCCAGAUUUUGGGUAGAUUACAUUGACAAUAAGAUGUAUGAUACUUGGAGAAAAAUGUGGCUUUCUACAGGAGAGGAGCACGAGACAUGGAAGAAGGAGUUGAUCUCAAUUUUUAAGCAGUUAGAAGAGACACUGGGUGACAAACCUUUUUAUGGGGGUGACACCUUUGGGUUUGUUGAUAUUGGUCUAAUCCCUUUUUACAGUUGGUUUUAUACUUUUGAGACAUAUGGCAACUUCAAAAUGGAAGCAGUGUGUCCUAAACUCAUAGCUUGGGCUAAGAGAUGCAUGGGGAGAGAAACUGUGUCCAAAACUCUUCCUGAUGAGAAGAAGGUGUAUGAUCAUGUUGUGGGAAUGAAGAAGGCACUUGAAUCAAAAUAGAGGGACUUCAUGAAUCAAUCACCACAACAAAAAUUAGCAUUUUAAAUAUGGUAUUGUAUGGUCUUAUGUAGUUUUAUCUUGGGCUUGUUAGGCUUUGGUUAUCUAUGGUUUAGUUGACACUUUGAUGUGUCUUGUCUGAAUAAUAAGAUUAAGUUGAGGGAUGAAUGCAUGUAUGUUUAAGUUGUGAACUUAUGAUCAAUAAAAGUUCUUUCGUUAGUACUC